GCUCAUCCAUAGAGACGGCUCCGCAUAUAAUACCUCCAGUUUCAGAAGCGAUGGCCGCGUCGGCUACGGCUGUGACGUCAGCAGCGUUCUCUACCAAAUACCCACCUCGAUCUGAUGCCUCCCUCCUCCGGCGAUCUAAACCUGCUCCUCCGUCGAGCUUCACCGCCGCUGGACACGCCGCUCCGGGCCUCGGCCGGAUCUCUGCGGCCACUCCGGUCUUCUUUCGUCCGGUUCUUAAGAGAUUACUCCAAACUCGAAGCCCCUCAUGGAUACCCAAAGUCAAAAGCGGUGAGGCAGAGGGACACCCUAGCACAGAAGGCUUAAUCUUAGACGAGCAAACUUUACAACACGACUUAGAGAUAGCCAUCAAAGAAGAAGACUACGCCCUUGCAGCAAAACUCAGAGAUAAUCUCCGUCUCCUUCAAGAAGACAGCAAGACCUCAGUCCUUGCAGCCAAUUCUAAAUUCUACCAUGCUUUCAGAAAUGGAGAUCUUGCAGCAAUGCAAUCUAUUUGGGCAAAAGGAGACAACGUUUAUGUUGUUCAUCCCGGAGCUAGUAGAAUUUCUGGUUAUGAAUUGGUGAUAGGGAGUUGGGAGUUUGUUUUGGGGGCUGAUUAUGAGUUCCCUAUUCAGAUUGAGCUUAAAGAUGUUGAAGUUCAUGUGAGAGGGGAUUUUGGUUAUAUCACUUGUUUGGAAGUGGUGAAGACGAAAGGUAGUAGUUGGGGAAAGCAGAUUGCGACGAAUGUCUUUGAGAGGGUUGAUGGGCAGUGGUAUAUGUGUAUUCACCAUGCAUCGCAUUUUGAUAUGUGAAGUAUGUGAUGGACAGUUUUGUACUCGAUGAAAAUAUGAUUAAUCCGUUUGAGUUGUCUUGUAACAAUUUUUGUUAGAGAGAGGUUUUGAAGAUGAGCAUGAUGCAUUAUAGAGUUGUAUUAUGUUCAUCUGUAGUUGCACAUUUCAAAUCAUCAGGUCUGGGGCUCAUUUUGUUUAGGUUGUGUUAUAUAUUGCCAAUUUUGAUCUUUCAUCA